AUGAAGGCUGCUAUCAUCAUUGCUGCUGCCGGCGUAGCCGUUGCCCAGAACCUCUCCGGUGUGCCCACCUGUGCCACCUCCUGCCUGUCCUCCGCCAUCACCGCCGCCGGCUGUGCGCCCACUGAUGUCGGUUGCCAGUGCGGCCCUACCAAGAGCGCCAUCGCAGGCCUCGCGGCACCUUGCCUGAUCUCCGCCUGCACAGCUGCCACCGACCUCGUUGGUGCCCAGUCCGCAGGCGACGCUCUGUGCAGCAUCUUCAGUGCCGGCGAGACUGCCUCCGUCAGCGCCACUACUACCGGCUCGGGCUCGGGCUCUGUCGCAUCCACGACCACUGUCGUCCAGACCACCACCUCUACUGGCGCCGUCGAGACCACCGUGUCCGGUGGCAGCAUCACCACCUCAGUUCCGGUCACUACCACCGCGACAAACUCUGCCACUGUCAUCAACGGCACCGUCACAACUGGCAGCCCCUCCGGCACGGCCUCUGCUGGAACCAGUGGCUCUACCGCUGGUGCUGCGCCCACUGGAGUUGCCAUGGGCGCUGGUGCCUUGCUUGCCUUCAUCGGUGCUGUCGCUGCUCUGUAA